ACCUGUUGUGAUAUCAUUGUGCUUGGACUACGCAGAGAAUUCCUAUCUCUGGUCAGCAGUCUACCACUUACUGUCCUCUUCUCUCAACCUCAGUCCAUUGUCAACACACUACAUUAGCACCUCGAUUCUGAUUCACCGGCUUCCUCGGAAUCACUAAUAUGGCAACCAUCGACAUUCAAGCAUUCGUCUCACCUGACACAUCAAACACUUCAUAUGCAAGCUAGCAUGCUAGUCACGACAUCCUCCGGAAGCUGUUGACGCCCUAUGAGGCCCGUCAGAGCCUCGCUUGCUAGCCUUGCGCAUCAUCGAUUUGCCCAAUGUUUUCAUCCACCAAUACCUCGUGCAGGUCUUUGCGAAGACCAACGCAUGAACGCUGGCCCAGGACCUUGCGAAACAGGAAGUCGAGCCUGCCACGCUGGGUUAGGCUCCCUGUGCUCAGCAGCGGAAUGAGCGUGACUGGUCGCUAACUUGUGAGAACGACAUGGUACUUUCCGACCUCGCACCGGAUUGUUGACCACCAUUACACCAGACGACUCCCUCUCGUACCUCCGGAUAUGCCGGUGGGCUUCCAUCAAGUCAGAGGGCUCCACCUGGCUUUUCUAUCCGUAUGCACCAACACAGAGACGGCUUCGGAUUGAGGAGAUGAUCAUGAUACUUGCUCUGGUGAGUUUACCAAGGUGAGAUUAGUCAUUUUCUUUCUGAUGAUCCAAUGCUUGUUGCUCCUGCAAGGAUCAGAGCUUCAUCUGCAUGCUGGGUAAAAAAAAUUGUCUUGUGACGCAGUGAUGGUUUACCGCUUCGUAUCCGACAGGUCCGUUCACUUCCUCCGUUGGCAUAUACGAGAGGAGAAGCGAGUAGUCCUAUAAAGGACGUCAAGUUUUCCCCCUCCUCCAUCUGAGCGUCAGGAACUCAUCAAGCAAACAGCUCCGAAUUCACUUUUCCAGUAACCUCCUGUCCAAGCUAGACAGAAUCUAACCCUUUCAACAACCUUCUUUUGCCUCCAACCUCGUCACAAAUAGACACAAUGGGUAACCACGCACUCGAUAUCAACGGCUUCGUCGUGAAUGGCAAGUCUGUUGACAUCCACAUCACCACUCGAGGAUCUGACUGGAUCUUCACUGUUACCUCCAUCAUGGGUCUUCUCUUCCUCUGCAUUCUCGGCGCCAGCUUUUUGAAGUCAGUGAAGAACCGGUUCUUCUUCUACACCCUUGCUGCGCCCGCAUUCGUUGCCUUCGUUGUCAACUUCUCCAUCGCUUCGAACCUCGGUUGGACUCCCAUUGACGUCGAAUGGCACCGCUCCAACGGUGAUGUUGCUGGCAACAACCGCCAAAUUUGGUAUGUCCGCUACAUUGGAUGGUUCUUGGUCUGGCCGAUCAUCAGCGUUGCCAUCCUGCUCACAUCGAUGGUCCCGACUCUUUACAUCCUGUGGACAGUCUUCCUUACCGGCUCCAUGGCCAUUCUCGCCACUGUCGCCGCGCUUGUGAAGACCGACUACAAGUGGGCCUUUUAUACGUUCUGGCUCUUCGCCUGGCUCUUGGUCGGCUACAACUUGAUCUGGCUCCCACGCAAGUACGCCAGCAGCCUUGGCUUGGACGUCGCCCGUAUCCACAACGUCUCCUCCGGAUUCAUCUGGGGUGUCUGGGGCUUGUACCCCAUCUGUUGGGGUGUGUCUGAGGGAGGCAACGUCAUCCCUCCCGACUCCGAGCUCAUCUACUACGGCAUCCUCGACUGUCUCCUUCUCCCCGUCCUCUUCAGCUACUUCCUGUGGGCUCACUGGAACAUCGACCCUGCUCGUCUGGGUCUCGCCAUGAGAUCCUACGAGGACCCUCUCCCGGGCACUUUGCCCCACCACGAGAAGCAGCCUGUCCCUGCUCCUUCUGAGGGCGUUACCAAUGGCUCUGCUCCAGCCGAGCCCACCCCAGCUGCUGCUGUGUAGACAUGUGGCACCUAGCUAACUUCUGGUGGCCAAUAAGACGGAGGAUGCGCUUCGGAUCCUUACACACCUACCGGCACAGCACGACAACAACAACCACAACCACAUCGGACCAGAUAUGAUACCCCACCCCCCCUUCUCGAUUAAUUUGAAUGUUGAUGGAAGUAAUGAGAGAAGUAAUGCGCAAAGUAAUGGAAGUCGAAAGCAAUGCCCGAAAAAAGAGUUUGUGCUGUCUGAUGAUUCUGCGCCGCCAACUAUGACGAAAAUAAUGGAAAGGUGGUGGAAGUUUUCUUUGACUCAACAUGAUUUGAGAUACCCACUCGCUAUUAGACCGAUAUACUACAGAUGUUCUUAAUUCUAAUCCUUGAUCAAUUGUUA